UGUAAUUAGAUGUUUUCUUCCUAGUCUAACGUUUCGUGCUUGACAACGAACGAUUACGCGAUGUUCAAAGAAUUUGUAUAAAAUAAUGUGCUAUUGUAAUUAAACGAUAUAAAUUAUAAUUAAAGAAUGUGAUGUGUUCUUAGAGAUUAAUUAAUUCGUUCAUUUAUACUUGUAGAAGAUGUUGCUGAAUUUUUAUUUCAGAUGGCAACAAACAAUAGGACUGCUAAUAUACUGCCAAAUAAUUCAGUUAAGCAAUGGACAACUUAAUAUAAUCGAAGAAGAUGUUAGUCGCCCUUGCGCCGAUUUUAGAAUAGGAGAUGACGACUUGCAAGCAUACGACUUCAUCAGACAAUUCCGACUGGACCUUUUGGAAACCCAGUAUCCAGGAGUGUCCAGAGUUAGGGGCACGAAUCGACUGCAAACAGCCUACAGACUGGACAAAGACGCUGAUCUAACUUUGCCAACGAGAAAUAUAUUUCCAUUGGGGUUACCAGAUCAAUUUUCAUUCAUUACAACAUUUCGCAUUCGAAGAUUGCCUAAAUCUAAAUGGCAUAUAAUAAGGGUCACUGAUUUGGAAUUCAAUCCACAAUUUUUAAUUUCGUUAAAUCCAAGCAACCAAACUAUCGAAUUUUCCAUAGCGAAUUAUGAAGGAAGGUUACAGACAGUUGCUUUUGAUAAUCCUCAGGUUUUCGAUAAAAAUUGGCAUAAAAUACAUUUCGGCGUUUCUAGAGAAAAAGUAAUGUUGUAUGUUGACUGCAAAGAACUCUCAGAAGAAUUUUUACAACCUAGGGGUGAAAUCGAUGUAAAUGGAGAAAUAUCAGUCUCCAAACUAGCAAAUUCUAGAGAAACAGUUCCGCGUUCGAUACCGAUUGAUCUUCAAUGGAUGGUUAUGAGCUGUGAUCCUACAAGACCAGAAAGAGAAACGUGCUUAGAAUUACCGAAAUUGAAGCCUACACCGAAGCCCCCAGAAGUAACACCACCCACUUGUGACGUAGUCUGUCCUCAAGGACCACCGGGCCUGAACGGAACAGAUGGUUUACCUGGACCACCUGGAGAAUUAGGGCCCCCAGGUCCACCAGGAAGAGUAGGUCUUCCAGGACCUAGAGGAGAAAGGGGUUUACCUGGAAUACCUGGUUAUUCAGGAAAUCCAGGAUUACAAGGAUUGCCUGGAAUGAAAGGUGUGCAAGGAAAUCCCGGAACAUCGGGAAUACCUGGAAAAGAUGGCAGUCCGGGGCCAAAAGGUGACAAGGGCGAUUCUGGCCCACAAGGACCAAAGGGAGAGAAAGGAACAGAUGGCACUCCAGGACAGCCAGGAAUAGAAGGACCACCUGGACCAACAGGCCCUCCAGGGCAAACUGUCGUCAGUAAUGAUGAAAUUGUUCAAGGACCUCCAGGACCUGUAGGACCUAUAGGUCCACCUGGUUUUCCUGGAGAUGAAGGUCCAAGGGGAGUUCCUGGAGAACCUGGACUUCGUGGGUUUGAUGGCAAAGAUGGAAGACCUGGUUUUAGAGGUCCCAAGGGAAAUAGAGGGGAACCAGGGAUUCCAGGAGAAAAUGGACUACCUGGACCAAUUGGUCCAGCUGGUCCUCCUGGUCCUCCUGGCAGCCCUGGAUUUGAGAAAGGCACUACAGUCAGUGUGCCUGGCCCUCAAGGACCUAGAGGAGAACCUGGAUUGCCUGGUAUACCUGGUUUGAAAGGAAGCAAAGGAGAUGAAGGAGAACAAGGAGAAGAAGGGUCAAAAGGAGAAACAGGUAAAAGAGGUUUGUCUGGAGUACCUGGUUCAGAAGGACCUAGAGGGCCACAAGGAAAAGAAGGUCGCCCUGGUCCAGAAGGACCUAGAGGUGAACCAGGAUUCAUAGGACCUCCGGGUAUUCAAGGAGCAACAGGACUAAUUGGCUUGCCUGGUCCGUCUGGGUCCCCUGGCUCGCCAGGCCUCCCCGGCCAAAAGGGAGAAGGUGGUUAUCCUGGACCUCCUGGUUUACCAGGAACUGCAGCGGCAGCUGGUGACAGGGGACCACCUGGACCACCUGGAGAAACUGGAGUUGCUGGUGAAACAGGAGAAAAGGGAGAAAGGGGAUUUCCUGGGUUACCUGGACCUCCAGGACAAAUUGGACCACAAGGUGUUCAGGGACCAGAGGGCAUUCCAGGGAAAACUGGAGAUUCGGGUGCCCCAGGGUUACGAGGAGAACCAGGUCCAAGAGGAUUUGAUGGGCCUCGUGGUCAACCAGGGUCGGAUGGAAUUGUUGGACUACCUGGAAAAUUAGGAGAAAAAGGAGAUAGAGGAGACAGUGGCUUAUCAGGUCCGAUAGGACCUAGAGGAUAUCCUGGUAAUGCUGGACCAUCUGGUUUACCAGGCCCAAUGGGUCUAUCUGGAUUACCUGGAUUAGAGGGAAAACUAGGUCCACCUGGACCGCCUGGGCCACCUGGUCCUCCUGGGGACAUCAGUGGUGUUUCCAACUUGAUAUUGGGUAGCAGCAGCAGCUCUCCUGGAAUUUAUGGACCGCGUGGACAUCCAGGUCCGCCAGGAAUACCUGGUGAGAGGGGUGCAGCAGGAGACAGAGGACCAGAGGGUCCCAGUGGUACACCAGGAUUGCCUGGAAAAGAAGGUCCAUCGGGUUUACCUGGACCACCAGGUCAAAAUGGUCAGCCGGGGAUGCCUGGAGUACCCGGACCUCCGGGACGGAGUUAUACAGAAUCUGAAGUUCGUGAUAUAUGUGCUGCAGUGUUAAGGGAUCAACUUACCGAGUUAACAGCAACAUUAAUAGGCCCCCCAGGACCUCCAGGUCGGUCAAGACCUGGUAGGCCUGGUCCGCCAGGAGUUCAAGGACCCCCAGAUAGAAGGGCAGAACUAAUUCUGGGAUUAAGGGGUCCACCUGGCCCCCCUGGGCUAGCUCGACGUGGAGAAUCGGGAAGACCAGGAGCCCCUGGAAUCCCAGGUGACCCAGGACCGCCUGGCCUACCCGGUGAAAUGGGCUUCAUGGGAUUACCUGGACCCUCAGGACCCCCAGGUUCCAUUGGUAUUCCGGGAGAACGAGGUGAAAAAGGUGAUCGAGGACCUGAAGGAAUAGGAAUCGAGGGUCCUUCAGGGGUCAGAGGGUUACCAGGACCUACAGGACCCCCUGGUAUUGGCGUCCCAGGCAAAACGGGUGAUAGGGGAGAACCAGGUCGGCCAGGUUCACCGGGUUUACGAGGAUCUCCAGGUGCACAGGGUCCGCCAGGAUUCUGUGAAUUUUGCAACAAUUACGCAGUAGCUCAAAGUUAUCAGGCGUAUAGACCAGGAGGCAAUAAUAAAGGACCAUAAUAAAUUUAACUAUAGUACACAUUAUUUUUGUAAAUGUAGAUGUUACAAUAUGUAUAAUAUAAGUAUUUGUGUUUAUUAAUCUGUGUAAUUGAAUACUGCAAUUUAGAUAAAUUUCGAAAGUAAAUAUAUUGUUAUAAAUAAAGAAAUACACAAAAGUUGUUUUACAUUGUGUUGUACAUAAUA